CUUUCCCCAGGCUUGUUCCAUGGGUGCCCAAGGUCCCGAGUUUGAUUAUUAAACGGAAGAGAUAAAUUGUUGUGAAUUGUGAUUACAAAACAAACGGUAUUUUAGCUUUUCUAGGGGCUCUGUUACACUUGGUGACCACAAUGAAAAAUGGGAGCCAAGAUGGUCUGGUAACUGGCACGCCUCCCAAGCAGAAGAGCUCCAAAGAAUGGUUGGAACCACAGUCGCUUUCUUUUAUGGAGGCUUUAGCGAAAGAAGAUACGGAUGCAGCUGUUCAGUCAAUAUUAUAUAGAGAAAAUUAUAUAAUGAAGGAACUAGAUAAGUAUUUACACCAUCAUGACUUCUUAAACACAAGAAGGAAAGAGAUGUUGUAUAAAAAGUGGGUUGACCGUGUGUCAGAUCCUCUCCAGAAGAAAAUUAUAGAGAAAGCUCGUUCACAUAAGAAGAUUAAAAAGAGGAGACAACAAGAAUUAGACAAUUAUUUGAAACAUGUAAACAAGAAGGGAAAUACAUUUAUAGAGCAUUAUGAUCCAAAAGAAUAUGAUCCUUUUUAUAUGAACAAAGAGGACCCCAAUUUUCUGAAGGUUAUCAUGCCACCAUUUCGUGACCCUUUGAAAAAAGCACAAUAUGAUAAGGAUAAUGAAAAAAGAACUCUUCUUCAGUGUGAGACUGGCAAAAUGUACACAAUGAAAGAAUUUAAAGAGCUCGAGAAGGCCCAGCUGCACUCCAGAUUCCCGAGUAUUUCUACUUCACGGCAACAGAUGACUCCAAACGAUUGGCUUAAAGUGCCCAUGAAAUAUAUAGAAAGUGAAUUUUGUAAAAGGAGCAGGUUCAAAGUGAAGAUGAAUUUUAAUGCUAGUACUUUUGAUUUGAACCCAUUGAAAAAGGUGCCUAAUAUUGUGGUAUGCCAGGAGGAAGAAAAGACAAUCAGUUGCAAGUUACAACAACCACAUACCCUGAUUCUUGAUCUGUGCAAGUGUCCACCAAAAAAGGCUGCUUUAGGCGAAGUUACCUGCUGCCAGGAAUCCUCCUGAGAGGGACCAAGGAAGACACUCAACAGUCAUUCUGUUCUUAUCUGCAAUAAACUUCAUUUAAAUUUGAGUUCAGUGUCUGUGAUGAUUAAGAAAUGACAAUACUGCCUUUAAUCCCAGCACUCGGGAGGCAGAGGCAGGUGGACCACUGUGAGCUUGAGCCCAGCCUGGUCUACAAAGAUUCCAGGAAGCCAAGGCUACACAGAGAAACCUUGUCUCGAAAAACCAAAAACAAAGCAACAACAACAAAACAAACAAAAAACAUCCUGAAAAUUAAAGAAAUCAAUUGUACUGCUUCAUUCCAUAUUCAUUAUCUGCAGUAUUUCAUUGGUACAGUUAUCCAGUCU